ACAUCGUCAGUCACGUGAUUUCCUUGAUCCCAACUGUGCAUGUAUUUCUGGGAGUUGGCACAAAAAAGAGAAGAUAUGAUAUUUUUAUUAGGAAUAGUUUUAUGGAUUAAUGCAGUCUCUGCUCAAUUUAUUGAAAUCGAAAUUGCCAACACCACCAUAGAGUAUGGGUUAGAAGACGUAGAUGUCUUGUGCCGAGUCACAAACGGUUCUUCCCUGAACUCAGUGUUUACCAUUCAGUUAAAGCGUUCUGGUACCUCAGUUGUCUCUGCAACUCCAGGCGGAGUCUCUUGGCAAGAUACCUCACUAGAAAACAGGAAUGGUGUGAUAGCCAAUGGAUCCGUCAAUGACGUCAUGAACGCACGUCUUCAUCUGAACAUUCCGAUGUCCUCGGUGGUUUACCCUGAUGACGAGGGUGACUACCAAUGUACUAUGUCAGGAUUAGAUUUAAUGUCUGCGAGUGUUAAUGCGGAAACUAGAACUGUUUUUGUAAAUAUUACAGAUUCACCGUCUGGGACCCCAGAUCCCAGUGCUUCAGGUAAUGACUAUGGUAAUUGUGGCUCUCCACAUAAUGUUAAUUCCAAUAUCUAA